UUGGCUUUGUCUAAGGACUUUUCUUAAUGGAAAUAAAAGUAGGGCCUUCUGUGACUGUGUGAAUAGCGCAGCAUCCAGAUUUCACAACCAGCUAUAUCCUUCCUCAACUGGAAGAAUAAUGACUCCACUCAUUGCAGCCAUUUACCAUCUGCUCAUUCUUAAACAGUUCAGUAACUGGACAUGCUGUGGCCUCCAGGUCAACAUGACUGGACUCUAUUAAUCAUUCCAGUCAAAUCCAGCAGCUGAAGAUUAAACAUGUGUUUCAGAGAAAGCAAAUAUGAUCUGGAGAAGCCCAUGAAAACUGAACUCUUCACAUAUGAUGAGGAAAGGCUAACAAGCCUGUCUGGAUUUCUGUCCAAAGGAGCAAAUUCAAUUGUGAAAAAAAAUUAAGGAAUGAUUGGUCAUCAGCUACAUGAGAAAUCCUACCAUACAUGCAAAAAUAUGGCUGAAAUCGUAUGUGGGUGAUUGCAUUAGAAUUUACUGUUCUAAAUGGUCUUACAAAAGACAUGAUGAAAUGGCUUAGGGGACCUAAAUGAGAAAAAUAUCUCAGGUACUGCCUAGACUCCUGCGUCCUAGAGGCUGGUAUCGCUCCAAUACUGGAGUCCUAGGCUGACAAAUUCUGUUGCAGGAGAAAUUAAGCAACAAUCUUUGCUUCUCUAGAAGGAUUAAAUUGUAGAGGGAACAUCAGAAAGAGCAGAAAAUGAGCCAGUUUAACCACUCAGCAGAGCUCUCCCUCCAGAGCACAGCAAACAAGUCGCUGAACUCCACUGACAUACCAGUGGCUUUGGAUGAGAGGCUACUUCUAGGGCUGAAGAUCUCUCUGGCAGUUGUUCUGUCUAUUAUAACUCUGGCAACCAUUCUUUCAAACACCUUUGUAAUUAUCACGAUUUUUCUCACUAGAAAGCUCCAUACACCUGCAAAUUAUCUCAUUGGUUCCUUGGCACUGACAGAUCUCUUGGUAUCUAUCUUAGUAAUGCCAAUCAGUAUUGCUUACACUGUCAGCCGUACGUGGACCUUUGGCCAAGUUAUGUGUGAUAUCUGGUUAUCCUCAGACAUUACCUGCUGCACCGCCUCAAUUCUGCACCUCUGUGUUAUUGCAUUAGACAGAUACUGGGCCAUCACAGAUGCUUUGGAGUAUGCCAAACGCCGAACGGCCAGCCGAGCAGCCUUCAUGAUAGCUGUGGUCUGGGUGAUCUCUAUUUGUAUUUCUAUGCCACCACUCUUUUGGAGACAAGCCAAAGCUCAUGAAGAAAUGGCAUCGUGUUCUGUGAACACAGAUCAGAUUUCCUACACCAUCUACUCGACCUGUGGAGCCUUCUAUAUCCCAACCGUGCUCCUCGUUAUACUGUACGGGAGAAUUUACGUGGCAGCUCGCUCCAGGAUCCUGAAGCCACCGUCGUUAUAUGGGAAACGAUUUACCACUGCCCAGCUGAUUACUGGUUCUACUGGGUCUUCUUUCUGCUCCAUUAAUUCUAGCCUUAAUGAGCGGCAUUCUCACUCAGGUGGCUCCCCAAUAUUUAUCAAUCAUGUGAAAAUCAAACUUACAGAUAGUGUCCUGGAAAGGAAAAGAAUUUCUGCUUCAAGAGAAAGGAAAGCCACAAAGACGCUUGGCAUUAUCCUGGGAGCUUUUAUUUUCUGCUGGCUGCCAUUCUUUGUUGUAAGCCUAGUCAUGCCCAUCUGUCAGGAUGCUUGCUGGUUUCAUCCCAUCCUACUAGACUUUUUCACAUGGUUAGGUUACUUUAACUCACUGAUCAAUCCAGUCAUAUACACGGCUUUUAAUGAAGACUUCAAACACGCCUUCCAGAAGCUAAUACACUUUAGAAAGUGUUCUUAGUGUUGGACCUCUCAUUCGUCAUUGAGCCCAGGCAAUCCUGCAGCUCAGUUGGAGGCUGUCUGUUCUUAUGCUGGUACUGCUUUGGACUGGUAAUUGGUGUCCCUGUUGCUAACUGCGUGUUGUGCAUGUAACUGAAGACUUGUUGCCAAUCGUUUUAUAUUUAUUUUCCAUCUGGAAUUAUAUAUCUUUUUUGUAGAAAUUGUUUCUGGUCUCUUCAGUGAUCAUAUGCUUCUGUACGAUCAGCACAGAGAGGAGGAUUUGUAACACGCGGGAUGAAAUGAAGAGGAAAGCUGCAUGCCGUGCGCUGAUGGAACAUGAGUUGCCCCAUUCUGUCUCGGCUGUGGAAUCCAAUGAGAGUAGGAUAGUGUAUUUGUCUCUAGGAAUGUGGCAUGGUUUUUUGCAUAUAAUUGGCAGAAAUUCUGUGUUGUAGUUCAGUCAAGGAGUGUUUCUGAGAUGGGGCAUGUGCAUUAGCUUUAUAAAACGUCACCAAAUUAAGUGUUCUCUGGUACAGCCCCUGGAAAACAAUAGAACCAGUAAGUGUUUUCUGGACAGUUAUUCAUAGUGUUGUGGGACACUGAGCAGGAGAUGGGCAAAUGAGCUAUGAGGAGCCUUCGUUCAUUUAUUUUGAUCACCGACUUUGAGGGCUCCAUAUCUGGGGAAUUAUAAAAAGCAGAACGCAUUAUUUGAAAUUUAUUUUUAUACAUUUUAUCCUUAAUGGAACAGAAGGUGCAGAAAUCCUGCAAAAUAA